AUGUUCAUCGAAACUUCCCGUAGAUGCGCCGCUAAUUUGCUUGCGGUCGCCUGGGAAGUGGGAACGGAACACCCGGAAAAGGACGCUCUUCUCCGGCGUCUAAGACAGCACAACAGCCGGUAGUUAGCACGCACUUGAACAGCCUAACCUCGACGUUAGACAAAGAAUGUGCUAGCUUUUUUUUUGUGGAAGAAUAUGUCUCUUGUGUAAAUAGAGGCGACGCGGAGGUCGAGGAUGGCGGCAGACGUGGACAAAACGAUCCGCAACGAGGUGCGCUAUGAUGGGCAAAACAGACUGCAGCGUCGGUGCUCUGGAUCCUGGAGGUCCACACGAAUGUGUACUCUGCUCCUGGUUCUUGCAGUACCCCUUCUGGCUUGGGGGAUCAAGUAUUAUCAAGAUGCACAGCUCCUGAAGCGACAUGAGGAGAGCGUUCGAACUCUGGGUCCUGAGGGCCUCUUUCUUUUCUCCUCCUUGGACGCCAACCAUGAUCUCUAUCUCAGCCCAGAGGAGUUUAAACCAAUUGUGGAGAAACUUACAGGGAUUAUUCCUCCGGGCGACAUUGAGGAGGACGUGAUUGAAGACCCCAAUGGAGAGAUGUUAACCUUAGAGGCUCAAAUGAAGCCUCUGCUUCUGGACUCUAUGACAAAAAGCAAGGAUGGCUUUCUCGGGGUUUCUCACAGCUGCCUGAGUGGUCUGCGCUCAUGGCAGAGUCCAACCGUCCCUUAUUCAUCCUUCUUCGCCAGCCAGUUCAGGGUCUUUCUCCCCCCUAAAGGCAAGAUGGAGGUUGGAGACACGUGGUGGGUGAUCCCCAGUGAGCUUAACAUCUUUACUGGGUACCUGCCUAACAAUCGCUACCACCCUCCCACACCAAAGGGCAAAGAGGUUCUCAUCCACUCGCUGCUGAGUAUGUUUCACCCUCGACCAUUCAUCAAGUCUCGUUUUGCACCUCAGGGCACUGUUGCAUGCAUACGUGCCAGCAACGACUUUUAUUAUGACAUUGUAUUCAGGAUUCACGCAGAGUUCCAGCUAAAUGACGUGCCAAACUUUCCCUUUUGGUUCACGCCGGGCCAAUUCACCGGCAACGUCGUGAUCUCUAAGGACGCUUCUCACGUGCGACAUUUCCACCUUUACGUCCCGAGUGACAGGUCUCUAAAUGUGGACAUGGAGUGGCUGUACGGUGCCAGUGAGAGCAGCAACAUGGAGGUGGACAUUGGGUACCUACCGCAGCUGGAGCUGCAGUCCUCUGGCCCAUCCACCCCCUCCGUCAUCGUGGACGAGGAGGGUAACGUCAUCGACAGCCGAGGCGGCGACACCGAACCUAUCCAGUUUGUUUUUGAGGACAUUAACUGGACAACAGAGAUCAAUCGUCAAGAAACCACCCGCCGCCUGGAGGUCACCCUUUACCCCUUCAAGAAGGUGUCCUACUUGCCUUUUUCUGAGGCCUUCCAGCGAGCCGAGGCAGAGAAAAAGCUAGUGCAUUCCAUUCUGCUUUGGGGAGCAUUAGAUGACCAGUCCUGCUGAGGUUCCGGGCGAACUCUCCGGGAGACUGUUCUGGAAAGUUCGCCCGUGCUGGCUCUGCUCAACCAGAGCUUUGUGAGCAGCUGGUCUCUGGUCAGAGAGCUGGAGAACAUGCAGGAUGAUGAGCAUCGCCCCACACUGAGUGAAAGGGCUCGCUUGCACCUUGAGAAGUACACGUUCCCUGUGGAGAUGAUGGUCGCACUGCCGAAUGGAACAAUAGUCCAUCACAUUAAUGCUAAUUUCUUCCUGGACCAGACGGCCAUGAAGCCUGAACAGGAGGGGGAGGGAAACACUUUCAGCUUCUCUGGAGGGUUUGAAGAUCCCUCCACCUCCACUUACAUCAGCUUCCUGAAGGAGGGACUGGAGAGGGCCAAGCAGUAUCUGGCAGAGUAGAGUGUGCGUGUGUACGUGCAGUCACUCCUGUGAUAAUUGAACUGAGUAGAAUCCUCCAAAAUGUAAGUGGUGACGCAUUGAACGCUGCUAUUAUCAUAAAAGCACACAGAAACGGGGAGCGUUGACCUUUUGCGCACCAUGUUUGCUAUUGUGUCACCCAGUGGCGGCGUAGCCUCCCUCCUAGGCGUUUCUCAGCCGUUUGUGACGGUUCUGCCUGAAAGCUCUUCCUCUGGCCGGGCAGGGCCUGAUGAUUGCCGCUGACGAGGCGUCCUGGAGGAAAUGUCUAAGUCCAGCCUCUGGGGGACAGAAGCAGCAGGAAAUGUCUUUUUAAUCAGUUGGCGGCACACAAAGUUAAACAUCGACCACGAAUCGAGUUAAUUAGAGGAAAUUCACUACGCCAAAGAAUACUUCCUACAAUUUGUAACUCAUUUUGACUGCAGAGUGCAACAAGUUGCCUGCUUCAAGAAGCAAACAUGUAGCUGUUAAUUACACCGAAGUUAUUGCUCUUUUUCUCCCGGUCACAAAAAAAUGCAAUCUAUGACUGCUUUAAAUUGGAUUAUUUGACACGAAACACUGUGAUUCUGUAUUUUUUCGUUGUACAGGACACAAUAAAUCCGUUUUUUUACACGCCAAUAACCUGUGAAGUAGCACUGUUUAGUGCACGGGUCGGCAACCCAAAAUGUUGAAAGAGCCAUAUUGGACCAAAAAUACAAAAACAAAUCUGUCUGGAGCCGCAAAAAAUUAAAAGCCAUAUUACAUACAGAUAGUGGGUCAUGAGAUAUAAAUUGAAUUAAGAAGACUUAAAGGAAACUAAAUGACCUCAAAUAUAGCUACAAAUGAGGCAUAAUGAUGCAAUAUGUACAUAUAGCUAGCCUAAAUAGCAUGUUAGCAUCGAUUAGCUUGCAGUCAUGCAGUGACCAAAUAUGUCUGAUUAGCACUCCACACAGUCAAUAACAUCAACAAAACUCACCAUUCAUGCACAACGUUAAAAGUUUGGUGGACAAAAUGAGACAGAAAAAGGAUAAAACACGUCCAAGAAAGUCGGAGAAAGUUAUAUAUGUAAACAAACUACAUGAGUUCAAGGACCGCCAAAAUUAGUAGGACAAAACGGCGCUCGCCAAAUACUCGAAUCAGUGAAGCAUGUUUAAUACAAACAGUGUGCUUUGUAACAAUUAGGGCGGCUUGUGUCAUGUUUGUCCUCCUACAGAAACCAUAUUAAAACAAAAAAUAUAAAUUCCCCCCCCCUCAUCUUUUUCCAUUUUUCAUACAUUUUUUAAAAAGCUCCAGAGAGCCACUAGAGCCGCGGGUUGCCGACCCCUGGUUUAGUGUAAUCAUAUCACACAGAGCAAACAUUAAGUUUAGCUGAGAAAUCAAAAAAUAUAUAUUUU